AUGGAGAGUGUGAGCUUUGACCUCGUCGACUACGUCAACGAGCAAGUGCUGGCCGAGUGGGUGGACUCUGACAGCUGCGAGACUCGCACUCUCGGUUCGCUCUCUGCUAUCAACAGGCAAGAUGCUGGCUUGGCGUUCAGAGUCGGCCUUGAUGCUUCCUUGGAACAGGCAUUCAUGCGCUUCUCGAUGGACGUGUCAGUGAGGGUGUCUGGGAGGCCCCGUAGAAGGCAGCUGCUGCUGGUUCUUCCGCUCCAUGUGCUCUCGUACAAAACCCCCGCUCUCGAGUACGAUGUUCUCAGGAUUUCAGACAUCGGCGAGUCUGCCCCCGCCGUGCACGAUGCCGGCUUCUCCGACUCGGGAUUCGUCCUUCGUGCUCGGUUCGACCUCCAGGAGCCGGGCUACGUGCUGAUGCCGAAAUCGAAUGCCAAAGCGCUGCGUCCAAGCACUUCGACUGCCGCCAGCCACCUAGCCAGCAUCAAAUCCCUUUCUCAGGCUCUCAGCUUUACCCUCUACAUCAAGCCAAGCGACUACGCGCAGCAAGGCAUAAGGAUGAUAUACGAACAGCUUCGCAACGACACGCUCAAACAGUAUCCCUUGCACUGGGAUGCCAUGUACGGCGACCACGGUGCCCAGCCGGUCGAAUGGCAGCAGUGCGAGCUCGGCGGGAAGGGCAAGGCGGCGGAGCUUGCAGAUGAUGGCGAGGACGUGGAGCCACCGCCUCCGUACGUGUCGGAACGGCGCGACUUGGCCCCACGGACGCCCAGUCCGCCUUCGUUCGAAUUCCCGCCGUCGCCGGCGUGUAUUCCGCCAUUCUUGCUGUCUCCAACGCAAUGCAGCUCGCAGAUGGCGUCGCCCGAGGUGCUCGUCGAACGUAGCGUCAGCUACUACUCCUCCCCGCGGGAGGCCCUGUCCGCCACCGAGGACAUGUCCACCCAUGUAGGCUCCGACGUCUACACCAUCCCCGCCACGCCAGACUGCCUGCCCGAGAUCCGGAUCCUGCUCGAGGCCCAGGCAGCUGCGCGAGAGCGCGAGAAGGAGCAGAUAGAGCAUGCCCGCCAUACGUCAAGCCCGCCAGAGACUUGCCGCAAGCGCCGCGCCUCCACCUCUCCUGCCGCCUCGCCAGGCACCAGCGGGAAAGAAACGAAGCGAAUGCACACCGCAGCCGAAGACGAAGACCCGCAGUGCGGCAUGGACUUCCUCGCCUCCGCCGCCUCGGCCCUCCUCUCACUGCACCACGCCCCCACCCCGCCGUCGUUCCCCGCGUCUCCCUCCCUCUCCUUCAACAUCACCCCCGCCCCCGCCGCCGCCCCCUACGCCGCCCUCCAAUCCAAACUCUUCCUCCGCCAGCCCGACCCCCCCAUCACCGCCAUCCCUCCUCCUCCUUCUCCUCCUCCCCCUCCUCCCGCAGCCCUCGCACCACCACUCCCACCAUCCCCCUCCCCACCCCACACAACCCCCAACCCCAACCCCAACCCCACCACCAUGGCCACAACCACCUCCUCAUCCCUCCCAGCCUUCCUCGCCCCCGCCCUCGCCCUCAACCCCCGCCUCUACACCCACCCCCGCCUCUCCCCGCUCCUCCUCUCCUGCGGCGCCGCCUUCCGUGCCGGCGACUGCCCCCGCUUCGCCCGCCUGCGCGCCCGCCUCGCCGCCGAGUUUUUUUGGGACCCGCUGGGGACGGUGGCGGAUGCAGGUCGGACGAGGUCCGAGGCGGUGGAGUGGUAUGUUUGUGAUAUGGAGGGGUUGGUGGGGUGGGUGGGGGAGGUGGAUGGUGUGUGGGGGGAACUGGUGGGGUUGGGGAGGGCGGCGAGGGGGGAGGUGCGUGCUGGGAGCUGGGGGGAAGGCGGGGAUGGUGGCGGUGGGGGGGAGGCGUAUCGGUGGGCGAAGGGGGUGGUUAUUGCGGCGGCGGUUGGGGUGGGGGGUGGGUGUGGCUGA